AUGUGUGUGCUCGGGCUCGCAGCAGUGACGAUUUCUGAGCCGAGCGCGGAGCAGCGGCAGCAGCGGCGGCAGCUGCUGGAGGCGGGGUGGCAGCUUCCCAGCGUGCAGGAGGUGCGGCGGGCAUACAAGCGCCUGGCGGCCACGACACACCCGGACAAGGCGGCGCCCGCGGACCGCGCAGCGGCGGAGGCCCGCUUCAAGGAGCGCGGGCCGAAAGGCAUGGCAGCCCGCGGCGGCGGCGCGCCCGCCGCCACCACCAUUGGUGCCUCUGCGGACUCCGCAGCCCUGGAGCAGCUUCCCUUCCCGCCGCACCCGCCGCUCGCCGGCUCCGAGCCCGGGUCCUUCGCGGAGGGCACCAUCAAGCAGCGGCUGCCCGCCAUCAUGGGCACCGUCCUGUCGGACCUCGAGCGGCUGUCCAAGGCGCCAGGCUUCGUGGAUUCCGAGGACUCCCUCCGCCAGAUCGCCGCGGCCGCCGAUGGCGUGCGGCAGCUGCAGGCCGAGAUGCCCGCGGACGCGGUUUUGCAGCCCAUCUCCGCCCCGCCGGGGUCCCCAGCGUUCCUCCAGGAGGUGGCGCAGUGGACCAACGGGGGCGUGGCGGCGUGGCAGCGCAGGGCGGCGCGGGAGGGCGCGAGCGGCGGGUGGCUGGGGCUGCCGUGGCUGACGGUGGAGUGCUACCUGUACGCGCGCCUGGCGAGCAUUGUAGCGGCGCAGCCGGCGCUGGCAGAGGCGCGGUGA